AAUGAAUGUUUGCGGCAAAAUGAAGCGCGAAAUUAUAAUUUUUAUAUAUCAAAGAUUCACGAAGAGUGAUUUUUGUUGUUAUUAGAUCUGAUUUUGCACAUAAUUAUGCCUGUAGCAGAGCUUCAAAAAGAUUCAAAUCUUCCAUGGGUUGAAAAAUAUAGACCAGCUUGCCUUGAUGAUCUCAUUUCACACAAGGACAUCAUUGACACAAUUCAAAAGUUCAUAUCAGAAGGAAAACUUCCACAUUUGCUGUUUUAUGGUCCACCGGGAACUGGAAAAACAUCAACCAUUUUAGCAGUUGCUAAACAACUAUAUUCUCCUAAGGAAUUUCAUUCGAUGGUUUUAGAAUUGAACGCUUCAGAUGAUAGAGGCAUUGGUAUUGUUAGAGAGCAAAUUCUUGGAUUUGCAAGCACAAGAACUGUAUUUAAGUCUAAAUUCAAACUUGUGAUACUUGAUGAAGCUGAUGCAAUGACAAACGAUGCCCAAAAUGCACUUCGAAGAAUCAUGGAAAAAUACACAGAGAAUACACGUUUUUGUUUGAUCUGCAACUACUUAACUGGUAUAAUACCUGCUAUUCAGUCUCGAUGUACCAGAUUUCGAUUUGGACCAUUGGAUGCUGAUCAAGUAUCAUUAAGAUUGAAGCAUGUUAUUCAAGAGGAAAACGUUACAGUCACUGAAGAUGGUAUGAAAUCCUUGAUCAGACUUGGAAAAGGAGAUAUGCGAAGAUCAUUAAAUAUUUUACAGAGCACUCACAUUGGCUAUGGUAAAGUAGAUGAGUCUACAGUUUACACGUGCACAGGAAAUCCUCUACCACAAGAUAUACAAGUCAUGGUUGAUUGGAUGUUAAAUGAAAAUUUUAGCACUGCUUUUAAAAAAAUCACAGAAAUGAAGCUUGUUAAAGGGUUAGCCCUUCAAGAUGUUCUUACUGAAGUUCAUGCUUUUAUCCAUCGAAUCGAUUUUCCUCCACGCGUUCGAAUGAUACUCUUAGACAAGAUGGCAGAAGUUGAGUAUCGUUUAGCUGCUGGAACUUCAGAAAAGAUUCAGCUUAGUAGUUUAAUUGCGUGUUUUCAGUGCAUACGAGACACUGUUGUUGAUGAAAUAAAAUAAUAAAGAGUUUUUGUGUUGUUUCAACAAAAAUACAGGGAAUAAUUUUUUAAGCCGUGGAACAAAAAAUGUUAGUAUCGAUAAUACAGAUAUACAGAUCAAGAAUUUAACAGUUUUAACCCAUUUGGUUGCAGUUAUUUUUGUAGUUUUUUCAUAUUUCAGAAUUUCAAGCAAAAAAAGAAGCUUCAUUUACUGUUUGUUUUUGAACUACAGUUAGAUCCAUUAUACCUUCGUGACCAAUGACACGGUUUAGUAAUGAUGCUCAAAUAGCGUUGGUACCACAAACGCACUCAAGUGACAAUAUUUUCAAAUUAUUUCCGUUAAACUGUCUUUACGUAAUUUACAAUGUGAUGUCUUGUUUUUAUGUAAUUGCUUCAAAGAUCAAUUUAAA